UACCGCGGCUGAGACGGCUUCUCUACAAGCGGAGCUCUUUUUUACGGGCUUUGUCUAGUGGACGUGAAUGAGCCGCAUAUCACCUCUUCCGGAAAUGUGGACGGACAUGAGGAUAUUGUUACUUUUUUACACGGCAAUGCCGAGGCUUCUCACCUCAGAAGUGACGGAGGAGUGCGAGGAUGGACAGUUUCAGUGUAACAACAAAAGGUGUAUACCUACACUGUGGAGGUGUGACGAUGAUGACGACUGCUCCGACAACAGCGAUGAAGAAAACUGCCCCAGGAAAACAUGCACCCCUGCAGAGUUUGCCUGCUUCAAUGGCCAGUGUGUCCCAGGGCGAUGGCGCUGUGAUGGGGAACCAGAAUGUCCCGACGGUUCUGACGAGGCAGAGGAGACUUGCAGCAAACAGACUUGCCCACCAGAGAAAUUUGACUGUGGGGGAUCCAAUAAGUGUGUCUCAUUGUCAUGGAGGUGUGACGGGGAGAGGGAUUGCGAGAACGGGGCGGAUGAGGAAGACUGUGCAUCUGAUGCCAAAGCCUGCCCGACUGGCGAGUUUAUGUGCGCAAACCGUAAGUGUUUGGCCGCCGUCUACGUGUGCGACGGCGACGACGACUGUGGAGACGGCAGCGAUGAGCUCAAGUGUACUUCGCCUCUGACCUGCGGGCCCAACCAUCUGCGUUGUAACACCUCCGAGUGUGUGCCACUCAUGUGGAGUUGCGACGGAGACCCCGACUGUGCAGAUAGUUCCGACGAGGGGCCGGAACGCUGUGGUGUGGAUGGCGUCCAUCUGGCUAACCGUAGGGCCAACUGCACUGCGGAGGAGUUCCGCUGUGCCAACGGCGAGUGUGUAAGACUGAGCUGGAAGUGUGACGGCGAUCCCGACUGCAAGGAUAAGUCCGAUGAGUCUGAUUGCCCCUUGCUGACGUGCCGUCCCGAUGAGUUCCAGUGUGGCGACGGUUCUUGCAUCCACGGCACCAAGCAGUGUAAUAAGGUCAACGACUGUCCCGACCAUAGCGAUGAAUCAGGCUGCGUCAACGCCACCAAAUGUGAGGGGCCCCUGAAGUUCCAGUGUAAGAACGGGGAGUGUAUCGAUAGUUCCAAAGUGUGUGAUUCUGUUAAGGACUGCAAGGACCGAUCAGACGAGCCCAAGAAAGAGUGUGGGCUUAACGAAUGCACGAUCAACAAUGGCGGCUGCUCCCACGUCUGCACGGAUCGACCCAUUGGAUUUGAGUGUCAAUGCCCUGCCGGCUACCAGCUGCUGGACAAGAAGACUUGCGGGGACAUUGAUGAAUGUGAGAACCCGGACGCCUGCAGCCAGAUCUGCAUCAACUACAAGGGGGAUUUUAAGUGCGAGUGCUAUGAAGGCUACGAGAUAGAUCCAGUCACAAAGACCUGCAAGGCGGAGGGAAAAAGCCCGUACCUACUGUUCACGAACCGACAUGAGAUUCGACGUAUCGACUUGGUAAAGAGGGACUACAGCCAGGUGGUUUCCACCCAGAAGAAUGCCGUUGCUCUAGAUCUGGAUGUGGCCAACAACAGGAUCUUUUGGUGCGAUCGUUUUCAUCGGAAAAUCUACAGUGCCUUCAUCCACGAAGCGAGUGACCCGUCUCAGCAGGUACAACUGGUGGAUUCGUCUCUGCAAACCCCGGUGGGUCUUGCUCUGGACUGGCUGCAGCACAACCUUUACUGGGCCGAUUCGGGCGACAAAUCCAUCUCGGUAGCCUCGGUGGACGGCACCAAGAGACGCGUCCUCAUCAACACUGACCUGAGCGAGCCCAGAGCUAUCGCGCUGGAUCCACAUCACGGUUUCAUGUACUGGUCAGACUGGGGAACAAGAGCCAAGAUAGAGAAGUCCGGGAUGAAUGGAGUGGACCGGCAGGUGCUUGUUGCUGAUAACAUUGAAUGGCCCAAUGGCAUCACACUGGAUGUGGCCAACCGCCGUCUAUACUGGGUGGACUCCAAGCUGCACCUCAUAGCCAGCGUGGACCUGAAAGGAGCUCAUCGUAGAACACACAUGGCCAGUGCGGAGACGCUGGGGCACCCCUACGCUCUGGCUGUGUUUGAGGAUCGUAUCUACUGGACAGACCGAGACAAGGCGUCAGUCUUCAUGGCCAACAGACUGACAGGUCAGGACGUUCACACCUUGGCUGAAAACCUCAAUGACCCCCACGACAUUGUGGUCUUCCACCAGCUCCGACAGCCGCAAGGUCCUGACAGUUGUAAUCUCGGCAGCGUGGCCAAUGGAGGCUGCGAGUAUUUAUGUCUUAAAGCUCCACAGAUUACAGAGCACUCUCCUAAAUACACCUGCGCCUGCCCCGAUGGACAAGACCUUGGUCCUGAUAUGAGGGGCUGUGUGCCAGCAGAACCUCGAAACGACAUGCCUCCAACAUCCUCACCAGCUCCGCCUUCACCUGCUACCGCGGCAGCUGCUCCCAAAGACUUCCUCCCGCCUUCGGAGGGAGCCUCGCAGGCGGACGCCACGCCUCUUUUGACCACAUCGCCUCUUGACACCCUCGAGCCCCACACGUCCCUCAGCACCCUGAAGGCGGUGUCAUCGCAGGAAUCCAAGGCGCUGGGGUCUCACUCCACCGCCACUGUGACUGUGGAGUCCACCACGCCUGGGGGGGACAGCAGCGUGUCACAACACUCUGGAGGUGAGCAUUUCAUCCUGGGUGAGAAUCUGACAGUGGCUGUUUUAGGAGUGGUCAUCCCUAUUGUUCCUAUCGUUGCCACAGUGGUUUUCGGCCUGGUCUGCGCCGGGGUCUACCUGGUGUGGCGGAACUGGAGACGCAACUCCACCAAGAGCAUGAACUUCGACAAUCCCGUCUACCGUAAAACCACCGGCGAGGGCGAGGAGGACGAGAUCCACAUCGGUCGGACUGACGCCAUCGGGCACCACGCGCACCACCACCACCCGUACCCGCAAGCCGUCGGUAUGGGAGUCGUCGGCGCUGGGGGUGGAACCUGCCCGCAGUUCAUCACCUUGCCUCUCGGGGGCAGCAUGCCUGAUCCGGGGACUCACUGGUACACGGAGCAGCCGAUGCUCGCCGCUGCAAAGUGAAGCAACAGGAAGAAGGAAAGAUGGCCGCCCCCAGGCACACGCACACAUGAUGACGACAUAUCAUCAAAUAUUAUCCAUACUGGUUUUCCUAACUGGAUGAAUUUGGAUCUAUUUUUCUCCGAUGAAUCAUCCGAUCUUAUGCAUUCAUGGAGCGUGUGUGCGCCACAUAUUUUGUAACAAAUCCGAUGAGUGUUACGUUCUUUGUUACGUUGUGUGACAUUGAUGGGACAAUCUGUACAGAUUCACCACAGAAUCGGUCGAUAUGUAAAAAAAAAAAUGGCGCCUUUUUGUGUUUUUUUUCGUUGUUACUUCAGCGAUUCAUUUCUGCCACUUAUCCUCACGAGGGUCGUGGGGGGGGGGUGCUGGAGCCUAUCCCACCCUGGACUGGUUGCCAGCCUAUCACAGGGGCACAUAUAGACAAACAACCAUUCACACUCACAUUCACUAACCUAGCGUGUUUUUGGAAUGUGGUAGGAAACCGGAGUACCCGGAUAAAACCCACGCAAACACAGGGAGAACAUGCGGAACACUCCACACAGAGAUGGCCAAAGGUGGAAUUGAACUCGGGUCUCCUAGCUGUGAGGCCUGUGCACUAACCACUCAUCUGCUGUGCAGCCGUUUUCUCAUAUUAUGUUGACAAUAUUUCAUAAUAGCAGUGUAAACAUGACUAUAGGGUUGUUAUGUCAUGUCUAGAGGGCUCAAAUUUUGUAUAAAACCACAUUUAAAAGGCUGUAGACAGGUUUUCUAAGCCCCCAAAAUACAAAAAUAUUGUAUUUAUAAAUAAGGAAUUGUCUGAAAUUCACUUACCACGGUCAGAUCAGGAACCAAUAAAUGAUAAACGAGGGAUUACUGUAUUGAAAAAGAUGGGCUUUUGUAACAAAUCCGAUGAGUGUUACGUUUCUUUGUUACGUUGUGUGACAUUGUGGAGCCGCGUUGAUGGGACAAUCUGUACAGAUUCACCACAGAAUCGGUCGAUAUGUUUUAAAAAAAAAAAGGCGCCUUUUUUGUGUUUUUUUUCGUUGUUACUUCAGCAAUUCAUUUCUGCUGCUUCCUCGCCGCCGGUCCAGACCUCGACCUUUCAACACUCGGAAAAGUGACGAUACUGCACGGAGCAGAAAGAAGCCCCCCCCCCCUUACACAAUUCCCUCUUCACUGUGACUUUUAAAUGGUACAAAGUGUGAAAGCAGCAAUACAUCACAAUGAGAGUAUUCUAUUGAUGCUGUUUUUCUAGUCGAGAGGAAGCGAUGUGCUCGCCACCGCCAAAUAUAAACAAGCAUGAUUAAUUGCAUCACAAUGCAGUCACUGUUACACACACACAUGUUUGAGCCCCCAGCAGGUGGCUGCAGAUAUCACAAAACCACCCCUGACAGCUCAAAUGUGUAUGUGUGUGUUUAUGUGUGUGUUCGCUAUUACGCACGUGACUGCCGAUAUAUUCAUCCCACAGCCAUAUUUGAACAGUUUUUAAUGCUCUCUGUUGCACAACCCUCUCAGAAUGCCUUGUGUGUGUGUGUGUGUGUGUGUGUCGCAUGGAUGGAGUGACGAGGGUGUUUUUUUGACUCAUUGAUGUGUAAAUAUGUUUUCAUAAGGUUUUUUGAUAAUGUACGAUAGCCUACAGCGAUGUAAAACGGACCAUGUAUAUAAGAUUUUAGAUAAAUUGAUGACAGGUAUAUUAAUUUAUUUGUACAAAGAGAGCAUUGCAUUUCCUGCUUGUAAGAAAAUCCAAAUUAUUCACCAAAAAGCCGUCUGUGUUAUUUCUUAUUGUGCAUCAUUUUGCGUUUUUUUUCUAUGUUAAUUCAUAUUAAAAAAUACUGUGCCCCACUCCCCCUCCAAAAAAAAACACUUUUUUGACAUUUCACAUACCUUGGCGUUAAUGUUUUAAAAAAAAAUAAUAAUAAUGUUUGUGCCUUGGUUUGUUUGAUUUUGGUUGUUGUCAUGAGAACACUGGCUACUUGCAAAGACUAACUUUAUUGAAACCAAACUGGUUCCACUUCUGUGAUGUAUUACUUUUGAAUAUCUCUAUAUAUUGAUACAUAAAGUUGGACUGAAAGUUUUCAUAAUG